CGUGGAUCCCCCGCAUACUAGGCCCAUGUGCCCGCCCCGCUGCCCUUACACCCGGUCUCCCUGCUGCCGCUGCCCCGUGCUCUGGAUCUCAGCAGAAGAAGCGGGAGGCGGGGAGGAGCUGGGCCAUGACCGUGGAGCAAAAUGUCCUGCAGCAGAACUCCCAGAAGCACCAGCAGACAUUUAUAAAUCAGCUGAGGGAGAUCACCGGGAUUAAUGAUCUUCAAGUACUUCAGCAAGCACUUAAAGAUAGUAAUGGAAAUCUGGAGUUAGCUGUCGCAUUUCUCACGGCAAACAAUGCCAAGCUCCCUCAGCCAGAAGAAGCAAGCUACUACCAGACAGCGAUCCCCAACAAUGACCGAUACAUCAGCGUGGGCAGCCAGGCCGACACAAAUGUGAUAGACCUAACCGGGGAUGAUAAGGAUGAUCUACAGAGAGCCAUCGCCUUGAGUCUGGAGGAGUCAAACAGGACGUUCAGAGAGACUGGAAUUACUGAUGAAGAACAAGCCAUCAGCAGGGUUUUAGAAGCCAGCAUUGCUGAGAACAAGGCCAGUCUGAAGCGGACACACACUGAGGUCUGGAGCGAUUCUCCUAAUCCCUACGAUAGGAAGCGUCAGGACAACUGUCCAGUAGGAUUGAAGAAUGUGGGGAACACCUGCUGGUUCAGUGCCGUCAUCCAGUCUCUCUUCAAUCUGCUAGAGUUUCGCAGGCUAGUGUUAAAUUACAGCCCCCCUGCCAGCGCUCAGGAUGUUCCACGAAACCAAAAGGAACAUAGGAAUCUGCCUUUCAUGCGCGAGCUGCGAUAUCUCUUCUCACUACUGGUCAGUUCUAAAAGGAAAUAUGUGGAUCCUUCCAGGGCCGUGGAGAUACUAAAGGAUGCCUUCAAGUCCAAUGACUCGCAGCAGCAAGAUGUCAGCGAGUUCACACACAAGCUGUUGGACUGGCUGGAAGACGCAUUUCAGAUAAAAGCAGAGGAAGAAAGAGAUGGAGAAAAGCCAAAGAACCCAAUGGUGGAGCUUUUUUAUGGCCGCUUCCUGGCAGUGGGCGUGCAUGAAGGAAAGAAAUUUGAAAACACGGAGAUGUUUGGGCAGUACCCUCUCCAGGUGAACGGCUUUAAAGACUUACACGAGUGCCUGGAGGCUGCGAUGAUCGAGGGAGAAAUUGAGUCAUUACAUUCAGAGAACUGCAGCAAGUCUGGUCAGGAGCAUUGGUUUACAGAGCUGCCGCCCGUACUAACCUUCGAGCUGUCCAGGUUUGAGUUUAAUCAAGCUUUAGGGAGACCCGAGAAGAUCCACAACAAGCUAGAGUUCCCUCCAUGCUUAUACAUGGACAGGUAUAUACACAGAAACCGUGAGGUUACCAGAUUAAAGAGAGAGGAAAUCAAGAGACUUAAGGAGCACCUUACUGUUUUACAGCAGCGGCUAGAAAGAUAUUUGAGCUACGGUUCUGGUCCAAAACGGUUCCCCCUGGCUGAUGUGUUACAGUAUGCCCUAGAGUUUGCAUCCAGCAAACCAGUCUGCACUUCCCCUGUGGAGGAUAUUGAUACAAGUGCCCCACCUAGUGGUUCUGUGGUCACACAGCCCAUGCAGAGCACAAUGGAACAUCAAGGGUCAUCUUCAUCCAAUGAGACACAAGGCAACCAGCGCUCCGUCAUUCACAAACCAUUCACACAGUCCAGGAUACCUCCAGACUUACCAAUGCACCCAGCACCGCGCCAUAUAACAGACGAGGAGCUGACAGUAUUAGAGGGUUGUUUGCACCGGUGGAGAACAGAAGUGGAAACUGAUACAAGAGACCUUCAGGACAGCAUAGGCAGAAUACAUCGGACCAUAGAACUUAUGUAUUCGGACAAGCUGAUGACACAGGUCCCUUACCGGUUACACGCUGUCUUGGUGCAUGAAGGGCAGGCCAAUGCAGGUCACUACUGGGCUUAUAUAUUUGAUCACAAUGAAAAGCGAUGGAUGAAAUACAACGACAUCUCUGUUACCAAAUCGUCUUGGGAAGAGCUGGAGCGGGAUUCCUUCGGAGGUUACAGAAAUGCCAGCGCCUACUGUCUGAUGUACAUAAAUGACGGCGAGCAGCAUUUGAUACAAGAGGAGUACGAUAAAGAGACCGGUCAGGUCCUUACUGGGAUGGACACCUUACCACCAGAUUUAAAGGAAUUUGUCAAGGAAGACAACAGAAGGUUCGAAAAGGAGCUUGAAGAGUGGGACAAGGAGCAGCUCCGAAAAGCUGAACAAGAGAAGAUGCUGCUUGCUCAGAAGACCUUAAAGCCACCUCCGACAUCAGUUCCUGCUCCAUUGAAAGACCCCGAGUACAUGGAGCAACCCACCAGAGCCGAUCUAUCCACACAGAUUAAGGAAGAAACCACUAGUGCGAUCACCCUUGCAGUCACCGAGUCUGAAGACAAAGGUCCUGAGGCCGUCAUGCAAAUGCCCACUGUUAACACCCCAGUCCCAACAGCUCCUAGCCAGCGAGUUGUGGAGGUGGCGAUCCCUCACAUAGGGACUUUUGUUAUUGAGUCAGAGGAGGGGGGUUAUGAUGAUGAGGUCAUGAUGACCCCAAACAUGCAAGGCAUUAUCAUGGCCAUAGGCAAAUCCAGGAAUGUGUAUGACAGGUCUGGACCCGAAGCAGGGUUCUUUAAGGCCAUCAAAACAGAGUAUGCCCGACUAUUGAAAUUAGCACAAGAGGAUGCACCUCCGGAGAUGGAUUACCGCUUACAACAUGCAAUAGUCUACUUCAUCCAGAGCCAGGCGCCAAAGAAGAUUAUUGAGAGAACCCUCCUGGAACAAUUUGCCGAUCGCAACCUCAGUUUUGAUGAACGUUGUCGGAACAUUAUGAAAGUGGCGCAAGCUAAGCUUGAAAUGAUAAAGCCGGACGAGGUUAACAUGGAGGAGUACAAGAGGUGGCACAAGGAAUACAGAACCUUUCGAGAGACAACAAUGUUCAUCUUGAUUGGAUUAGAAUUGUUUCAGAGCAAGAGUUACGUGGAAGCGUUGCUGUACCUCAUUUAUGGCCACCAGUAUAACAAGGAGCUGCUCUCAAGAGGCCCAUACAGAGGACAUGAUGAAGAGCUGAUAUCUCAUUAUCGAAGAGAGUGUUUUCUAAAACUAAAUGAGAAAGCAGCGAUCAUGUUUGAGUCUGGAGAUCCAGAAGAAGUCACCAACGGCCUGACUCUGAUGAAUGAACUCAUUGUGCCAUGUUUGCCCAUGUUGUUGGUUGAUGAAAUGGAAGAAAAGGACAUUAUUGCUGUAGAGGACAUGAGGAAUCGCUGGUGUUCCUACCUGGGACAAGAGAUGGAACCAUGUCUACAAGAAAAGCUGACAGACUUCCUGCCAAAACUGCUGGAUUGUUCGACAGAAAUCAAAGGUUUCAACGACCCGCCAAAGCUUCCUACCUUCUCCACACAUGAGCUGUGCGAGCGGUUUGCCCGAAUUAUGUUGUCACUUAGUCGUACGCCGGCUGAUGGGAGAUGAACAAUGCACCUUCUUACGCACAUUGUAUAGACUUUAUCAUUAUUUUUUUCUUUUAGUUUUUAAACUCAUGCCUUCCCGUGACAAGGUUUGCUUUGUUGCUGCUAUAGAUUUUAACUUUUUUUUUUUUUCUUUUUUAAAUGUUACAAACUGCUAAAGACAAAAUUACUGUAUAGACUUUAGCCAGACUGCAACCACACUUCAGUUACGCAUGGCCUUCAGCAACCAUUUUACGCAGAGCAGACGCAACCAAACUAUCCCAAAAUAUUUAUGACAAGAUCGCUUCAUUGGCCACAUUUUUGUGACAGUAUUACAUUGCUUUUAUCUACUGAAAAACUCAUUUUAUCAACUGCUUUUUUUUUUUUUUUCUCUUAAAGGGGUUGUCUAGGAUUAGAGAAACAUGGCCGCCAUCUUACAGAAACAUCACAACCUCUGUCCAUGGCUUGCAUAUGAUUUUGGAGCUUGGCUCAUUGAAACUAAAUGGGGUUGUGUUGCCAUGAAAGUGGCCAUAUAUUUUCUAAUUCUGGGCAUCCCCUUUAAGUCUGGAUUUACUAUCUGUGACAGCAGCCAUUUUAAUUAUCCGGCGCCAUGUUAAAGGAAAAUGGUGCCUGGUAGCUUGUAAAUGAAAUUAAAGAAUAAAGUUUUAUUUAUGGCUA